UCUCUUUAACCAAUGAAAUAAGGACUGGUAAUAACAAUGCCUUGUUGUACUCUGUUGUAGUAGGCUAGGCCUAGUUAUUACCAAAAACUGCAGGCAGUGUAUGUUUGAUGCAAAUCAGCCUUGGUAUAUUUUAUUUUGAAGACAGAGUCUGUUGAGAAGCGAUGGUGAACUGAGACGACAAAGCAAAUGAAGUGAAGAGGAAAGAGAAGGCACUUGGUAUCAGCAAAGAUGAAAGUCUCAAAAUUUGCAACACAUCAUUUGGAAAGGAUUGUGCUAAUAUCAGCAUUAUGCCUCUUCUUAUCAAAUUGUGUUACAGGUCAAGCAGGUGGAUUGAGAGACCAGGGGCAGACAGCAUCACAAAAAUCAAAGACAGUGGAAGAGCAGGCUGCUCAGCCCCAACCAAAGCCACAACCUCCUCUUCAGGGUCAGGGAAAACCGCCACCGCCUACCCAUGAACAACAACAGCAACGCCAACAGCUGCAACGCCAACAGCAACAUUUCAACCCACAACAGCCACAACAGCAGGAGCACCAGCAGGAAAUACAUGAACAGGAAAGGAGGCGUCAGGCAGUGAGAGAACAGCUGCUUCAUGAACAGCAGCUACAGAGAGAACAGCAACAGCUGAAUUUAAAACUACAGCAGGAAGAGAUAGAGCAGCAAAAACAACAGUUUAAAGCACCUCUCCACGACAGCUCUAUCAACAUGGAGCAAGAGAAUCCUGAACCUUCCAUAGAACCUAUACGUCAGCCUGUCCCUGUUAAAGAUACCCAGUUACCUCAAGGGGUUCAUCAACCCUAUGAUUCUGAGCAGGAAGUGCUUUUGUCUGAGAAACAAAGACAUAGCCCUUUCCAGAACUCUGAGGAAGGUAGAGAUAGACAGCCAGCUGAGGGAGACUCAGGACUUCAAGGUCCCACGGAGAUCAACCCAUUGAAAAGUCGUGAGCUGAAUCGAGGGGAAGAAACAAAGAGUGAUGACUCUGUGAAGGGUUCUCUUAAUGAUUUUAACCCUCAGCCUCCGCUAGGCAUGGGUGCUGUGCCUUCCUCAAUGGCUGAAACAGAUGAGGGUAAGGGUGCAAGAGGUGCUGAGGCUGGACAAAUGGAAAUGAGACAAGUUCCUGGAAGUGUUGUGCCACCAAUUGUUUCUGAGAAGGAACUGGAGGAAGAAGCAGAUGACUCCUCAACGGGUGAAAAUGAAGAAACUCCAUUGCUUUAUGAUGGAAAAGAAAUGACUCCAGAACAGAUUGAGGCUGAGAAACUCUUUCAAGCUGGAGAAAAGCUGAUCAAUGCCACUUACUACAAAGAAUACAAAGAGGCUUACCUUAAUUUUCUGCGGGCAUCAGAGAUGGACCACAAGAAAGCAAAGGAGUAUGUAGCCUUCGCCCAUUUGUUUGGAGAUUAUCUACCUCAGAAUGUGACACGAGCCUCUGAGCUGUUUGAUGAGUUAGCAGACCUGGGGUCACCCAAAGCCCAGAUGGGGUUGUCUUUCAUGUGCAGUGCCGGAUUUCACUACAAUUCAAGUCAAGCAAAGGCUUUAAUUUAUUCAACAUUUGGAGCUCUGGGAGGAGACCCUCUGGCACAGAUGUCUCUGGGCUACAGAUACUAUGCAGGAGUUGGUGUUGAGUCCAAGUGUGAGACGGCUUUGACAUAUUACAGGAAGGUGGCAACAAAAGUGGCAGAUGCUGUCACCCUGGCAGGAGGUCCGGUGGUGCAGAGAAUCCGUCUCCAGGAGGAGGCAGAGAACCAGGGCACCAGCAACAGCCCUCUGCUGGACGACGACCUACUUCAGUACUACCACUUCCUAGCUGACAAGGGAGACCAGCAGGCUCAGGUUGUCCUGGGCACUCUGUACUACCAAGGAGGCAAAGGAGUUCAAAUAAAUCAUGAACAAGCAUUCCACUACUUCUCUACUGCUGCUGAAGGAGGGAGUGCUCAUGCCAUGGGCUAUCUUGGAAAGAUGCACUCAGAGGGAAGUCCUGUUGUGAAGCAGAGCAAUCAUACAGCAUUUGAGUUCUUCAAAAAGUCCGCAGAGAAGAAUAACCAUAUUGGGCAGGCAGGCCUGGGUAUGAUGUACUUAAAUGGAUUGGGUAUCGAGAAGGACAGUAGCAAGGCAUUUCGAUACUUUUCACUGGCAUCAGAUCAAGGCUCUGUGGACGGUCAACUUCAGCUGGGAAUCAUGUACUUUAGUGGCAACGGUGUCCGUAAAGACUACAAGAUGGCCGUCAAGUACUUCACAAUGGCCUCGCAGAACGGCCAUGUUCUGGCCUUUUUCAACUUGGCUCAAAUGCACGCAACAGGCACUGGUGUUCUUCGCAACUGUCACACUGCUGUAGAGUUGUUCAAAAAUGUGGCUGAGCGAGGUCGUUGGUCGGAGCAGCUUAUGGAUGCUCAUCGCAUGUACCAAGACGGGAGUGUCGACACGGCCAUCGUCAAGUACAUGUUCUUGGCAGAACUUGGCUAUGAGGUUGCACAGUCCAAUGUGGCAUACCUCCUAGAUACAGGGACAACCACCAAGUUCAGCAACUACGAGACCCAUCAGAGAGCUCUGCUACAAUACUCCAGGGCUGCAUCGCAAGGCUCUACCCAUGCACGCCUGAAGAUGGGAGACUAUCAUUACUAUGGCCUGGGCACAGAGGUGGACUAUGAGUCGGCAGCGUCUCAUUACCGCAUGGCCUCCGAGCAGCAGCACAACGCACAGGCCAUGUUCAAUCUGGGCUACAUGCACGAGAGAGGUCUAGGUCUGAAGCAGGAUGUCCAUUUAGCCAAACGUUUCUAUGACAUGGCUGCAGAGACCAGCAUUGAUGCUCACAUACCAGUGGCCUUGGCUUUAUUCAAGCUAGGCAUUUUCUAUGGACUAGAUGUAUUUAGUAAAGAGUUUGAAGGAAUCAACUCUGUUUUGAAACUGCUGGACCCCGUCCAGUUCCUGGGACCAGAGUGGGACCUGUACCUGGCCUCCGUGUUUUCCUUAGCCCUGGGCAUAAUAUUCUUCCUGCGGAGGAGAUAGCAGUAGAUAAUAUUGUUCCCCUCUUUGUACGUGCAGACUCGAUAAUUGUUAACAAUUUCUGCUUGAGUAUGCGGGUUUGGAAAAGUUCUCAUUUACACCUAUUUGUGAAAUGAUAUUUUUUGUUUGUGAAAAGACAUGUCUGUAGUAAUAGAAGACCGCACACGAGAUGUUAUCAUGAUUUUACUGCCUUCCAUGCCUAGCCAGAUGUAAUGUUGCAUAAAUCUUUAUUUUUUCUUAUUUUGUUUGUCCUUUGUCUCCAUAUCAAACAUAAUACCACAGAAGUGAGUACUGUUUCAUUUAAGCUGAAAUUUAAAAAUUUUUUCCUGAUAGAUCACUUUGAAUGUCAAUACUCAAAGUAGCUGUGUCAACGCAUUUAUCAAACUUUAAUCUUGUGAAUUCCAUUUUAUGAUACUUCUUGUGCUGAGUUUGAUGAGAUACAAUGUUUUAACUCCGAUACACAUCUUUAUAAUCUCUGUGUCAAAUAGACACCUUUAUUUUUACUGGGUGAAGACAACAUUGAGGUAACUCUGUUGAAAGUGAGGUGUCACAGCAACAUGGACUGGUAAGAUGUGAACUCUCACAUAAUGGAAUAAAUACUUUCAAUGCAGGGCAUAUUUUGUGUAAAUGGUCACUUUUGACCUCCUCACACUUACAAAAUGCUUGAUUUGUCUUAAAGAUUCUGUCCUGUCUUGCAACUAGAUAGAUCCUUGGUUUUCAUUGAAGGAAAACAUGGUCUGGGUGGUUUUGUUUUUAGUGAAAUGUCUCAGUGAUGAGGUUAGCGAUGCAAGUAAGUACUGGGGUAAAAAUUGCAUGUCACAAUUUUCUAUUUUUGAUGUCUUUAUUGAACUAUUCUAUUGUUUGGCUAGAGACAUUUAGUCCACCAAUACUAUUUCUAUAAAAAAAGGCCAUAGUGACAUGCUCAUGACUCACUUAAUACAGCUGUACAGAGAUUGAACAGCAACAGUUCAUAGUAUUAUGCGGAAAAAAUGCAGUGCCAACAAUAAUUUGUUUGUUGCAAACACGGUUUUCCCUGGGGUCUACAUUUAAUGAACUCUUGAAAGAGUAAGAUAAAAACUUUUCGCGCAAUGUACACAUUUUGAAUACCGGUAUAGCUUGUGUCUCGUUCGCACAUUCCCAGCAGCAUGUUAGUAUCUUUCCGACAGAAUAUGUUUCUUCAAAGGUCAGGAAUGUGCCGUGCCUUUAUGGUGCUGUUGUCAGAUUUCCCAGCAUGCCAAUAUUAUUUAAAUAAACCUAUCGGGGCGUGUUCUCCUUGUUUCGCCAUUAUGACACGUUAGCUUUAUGACCAUGAUGAGUUCUUGCAGCUAGUUCAGGCUGCAUAAUCUAUAUUUGUGACUGCACCGGUGCGAAAGUACAUGUAACUAAUUUUUGUUUCUGUCGGGGUUUUGUCUCCUGUGUUGUGGUAGAAGACAAUUAUGUGGUUCUUUUUGUCUCAGCAUGUCAUUGUUUUGACUACUGGGGAUUUUCAAUAUAUGGUAAUUUUCUUAUGAUUGAUUGGGAAGGGGGGGGGGGUCAGAGCAGUAAAAUUUUAGAUUCUUUUGUGAAAGCAUGAGGUUUUGUGCACUUUUUGUUUUUAAAUAAUAUUUAUCUGUGAUACAGAUAGACUUUAGCACUUUCAAAUUUCCAUACUUUGAUAUCUCGUUUUAAUUAGUCUUAUCUGUUUAUGUCAAAGAUGGUUUACAUCAAUGUAUAGAAACAAAGCAAAAAUUCUCUCUAUUUUUUAAACCAUGAAAUUGGAUCUUGUUGCAUCUUUGGUACUUUUAAAAGUUUAUUGUUGCUUUUUUCAAAAAAGAGAUCCGCAAAUGAAAAGGAAUCAGCAGUGUGGACGGCGUUCAUGCCUACGUACAGGUUGUUUAUGAUGUACAGUAGUCUCCGCCUAAAAGCACGCUCCGCUCAAAUGCACGCUUUCGUCAUCGGACGAGUUUUUUUACUAUAUAAUUUAGAUGUACAAACGCUCGGUCACUCCUUCUAAACGCACGCUCCGAUCCGCGAAACACGCCGACAAGUUAUUCUUGGCAAGGGUAAAUUUUCACUACAACCUGCACAGCCUGCAAAUGAAAAGCCUAAAAUUUACUAGAAAACCCGAUAUUUGGUGAGAGUGCCCCUCCCGCCGUACAAAGAGAGUGAUGGACAGCGUUUACACACACCCUACUUUUCACUGACGCAUAAGUGUCGGUCUAGGGCUGGUCGGUUAUGUUGGGGGUUGGGGGUGGAGGUGGGAUUAGGGGGGGGGACUGAAAUGUUUUUUGAUUGGUCACUGGAAAUGUAUCUUUGAGAGAAGGUUUCUAACUGGUGUUUGAGUUUGAGUAACUGCGUGUAAUGUUUAGUUAGAUCUAGAUGUAGAUCUAGGCCUGAUGCCUUUGUAUUCUUAACUCCUGUCGGGGAAUCCUUCACAAAACAGUCACCUGUCGUCACAUUAUCUGCCAAAAUGACCCCCUCCUCCAACGGAGAUCGCUAGAGUAAUAAGGAAUUGAGAUCACUGCAUCCCUUCCUCCCCAUGCAAAGGUUCAUGUAAACGCACGCUCUGUAUAAACACACGCUAAGGAGCCCUCCCGAGCACCGUGCGUUUAGGCGGAGACUACUGUACUCUCUUUUGAAACGGUUCUUAUUUUAUCCAAGUGUCCUCACUGUGGCAAGUAAAAGCAUUCUUUUUGUCUGUGUCUCUUUUUUGCUGUCAAUUGUAACUAUCUUAUGUACAGAAACUGUUUACCCUACUCAAGUGUCUCGUUAAGUUCUUAUAAGUGCAGCUGUGUGUCUGAGGAUUUUCAAAUGUUGGAUGUCACAAGGUUUUUCUGAUCUUAUGACAGUCCCAUACAUGUAACAGACAGAUGUGAUUCAUGCUAAGACAUGAAGUGUUUGUGUAACUGAUCUUCAUAUAAAUGUCUAAGUUAUGUCCCAAUCUGAUGACAGUCUGAGGUAAGCUCCCAUUUUUUGUUUAAAAAAUUCUGCUGGGCUAAAAUGAUUUUGUUCUGGCUGUUGAGUGUUGGUGAAUGUGUUGUGGUCUACAGACAUGUGAAUGGGCAGACUGUAUCUGUUGACUGUAACUGGGAAUUACAGUCUAGCAUUCACAUAGCGAAAUUCGCAGGAAGCAAAAAUCUUUCCAGUAUGUACAUAUUUCACUAUGUAUUUAACUACAAAGAAUAUACUUGCGUAUAUAAGAACAAAUUUUGAGACCCGAAAAUCAGUUUGCUAUGUGCAUGCAAGACUGUAUGUCUGUAGGCUGUGACUACAGGUUGUGUCUGUGGACGACUGUGUGGAGUGUUGGGUGCUGGUGUUUGAAAUUCUUCUUGAUAUGAAAUAUGUUCUCAUUAAAUUUAUGACGAUGUCCAGGAAA